GGGAAAGUGGGAGUGGUGUCAAUGAGCAGGCAAGCUAACAGAGUCUCCUGCUCGGCAGGGUUUCACCACAGGUAGCUGGUUCUUCGUGCUGUACCCAUUUCAUUGAUUCGUUUCCUGGGAUUAUAGCCUUUCAAAGAUGACAAUGGAUGCUCUGCAACUAGCAAACACUGCCUUUGCAGUUGAUAUGUUCAAAAAACUGUGCGAGAAGGACAAAACAGCUAAUAUUAUUUUUGCCCCACUGUGUAUCUCAACAUCUCUGGCUCUGGCAUAUAAAGCUACAAGAGGUGAUACGGCAGACCAAAUGAAACAGGUACUCCAUUUACAAGAUGUCAAAGACGUCUCUUUUGGGUUUCAAACAGUAACUUCAGAUGUUUCCAAACUCAGCUCUUUCUUUGCACUGAAAAUGGUCAAACGGCUCUUUGUAGACAAGUCUCUUAAUCCUACCACAGACUUCGUCAACUCCACAAAGAGGCCUUUUCCAUCUGAACUAGAAUUAGUGGAGUUCAAAGAAAAAACUGAGGAAACCCGGCAGAAGAUCAACAAGUCUCUUUCAGAUCUAACUGAUGGCAAAAUGGAGAAUAUUUUGAAUGAGGAUAGUGUAAGUGACCAGACUCAGAUCCUCCUAGUUAAUGCAGCUUAUUUUGUCACAAACUGGAUGAAGAAGUUCCCAGAGGCAGAGGUCAAAGAAUGUCCUUUUAAAGUCAACAAGACUGAAACUAAACCAGUGCAAAUGAUGAAUCUGGAAGCUACUUUUUGCCUGGGCUAUGUAAAAGAAUUAAAUGUUGCUAUCCUUGAGCUUCCAUGCCUUAACAAACAUAUAAGCAUGCUCAUUCUGCUGCCCAAAGAGAUUGAAGAUGAGACCACUGGCUUGGAGCAGCUGGAAAAGGCACUCACCCCCGAGACAUUAUUACAGUGGACCAAUCCCAGCAUGAUGGCCAACACCAAAGUGAAUGUAUUUCUUCCAAAGUUUAGCGUGGAAGGUAAUUAUGACCUGAAGCCACUUCUGGAAAGCCUGGGAAUGACAAAUGUCUUCAAUGAGAGUGCAUCAGAUUUCUCUGAGAUGUGUGAGACAAAAGGUGUGGUUUUGUCAAAGAUCAUUCAUAAAGUCUCUUUGGAAAUAAAUGAACAAGGUGGCGAGUCCCGAGAGGUACCAGGAUAUCGGAUUCUGCAACACAAAGAUGAAUUUAAAGCUGACCAUCCAUUUAUCUUUUUGUUUAGGCACAACAAAACUCGCCACGUGAUUCUUUCAGGCCGAUUCUGUUCCCCUUAA